GUUUAUUACUUCAGAUGUUCAUUAGCUGGCUUCAAGCAUUUCAAAGAUUAAGCUAUUAAUUUGGAUUUAGUGUGUUUGACACAAAAAAAUUAAAGUAUCAUUUAAUGGUGCACAGAAAUCUUACGUCACUGCAGACGAGUUACAGCUUUCUGCCGAGUCAUUGGGACACACACACACACACACUCCUCCGGUGCAAGACUGAUCGCUCCAGAUCCGCUCAUCUUCAUCAAAGGGAUAAAGCUAAGAUGUCAGGCUUGGCAGAGGAUGAUCCUGGAAAAGCUGGUGAUUAUUGCAGAUCUGAAACGGUCCGAGUUGUCAUCAGAGGUGUCAGAGAGAGAAGAGACUUCAGCGCCAGAGGAGACUGCACCAUCGGACAGUUGAAGUGGUCUCUGUCAGAACGCCUGGGAGCUUCAGCUGAGGAGCUGGUGCUGAUCCACUCCGGCCGGGCUCUCACUGACUCAGAGCUCAUGAGUCACCUUAAAGGGCAGAAUGGGUCAGUCAGCCUCUGCAUGAUCCAAAGACCUCAGCUUGAAUCUGGUCGACUGGAUGAUCCAGCUUCAGAAACGGUCAAAUCUGAGCUCCUCACUGUUCCAGACACUGAAGAGAACUUAACCCAGACUCCCACCUCUCCACUCUGUCUGGUGGAAGACUUGGAAAACAGCAGCCCAGGCUUCUUCCCUGCCCUGCAGAGCGAGAUGGAGAAGCAGCUUCUGGGUGACCCGGAGAUGAUGCACCGUGUUCUGCGCAGCUCCUUGGUGCAGGACAUCCUCUCCACCUCGAGUCCUCGACUGACGAGACAGCUCAUUCUGUCGAACCCCCAAAUCCAGCAGCUCCUGCAAACAGACCCUGAGGUGGAAGGCUUGCUGAACAACGCAGACAUCAUUAACCAGGUGCUGGAGGUCAUCAGGGAACCUGACAUGAUCGAUGAAAUGCUGCAAAAUGAAGAUGGAGAUUUAGAGGAUUUGUUUGAGUCCACCACAGCUGCAACAGAAACAAAUAUACAACCUGGUCUUAAACCAUCACAGACACCAGAGGAAACAGUCUCAACACCCGCCCUCUCCAGUGACUCCACAGAUCCCCUCAGAGGACUGAUCGCUUCUCCCAAAGCUGGUUCAGGCUCUCAGAGAACUACUGCAGGCCUGCAGUCCCUCCUGGAGGAGAUCACAGCUUGUCCAGGUCUGAUGGAGGGUCUUCUCUCAGGUCCAUAUGUCAGCAGUCUUCUGAACUGCCUGAGCCAGAACCCUGACCUUGCUGCUCAGAUGCUGCUGAGUCAUCCCUUGUUCUCAGGAAAUGCUCAGCUGCAGCAGCAAAUAAGACAACAAAUCCCUCUCUUCCUGCAACAGAUGCAGAGUCCAGAGCUUCUGUCAGCCAUGUUYAACCCCAGAGCCAUGGAGGCUCUGCUGCAGAUCCAACAGGGCCUGCAGACUCUGGCUGCAGAGGCUCCAUCCCUCUUGCCCAUGGCAGGGCUCGGAACCAGUGGUGCCAGCGUUAAUGCUGCUCCGGAGUGUGACGCUGACACUGCCCCGGACAGCCAGUCAGGAUGCAGCCCUCACGUUGCCACGGUGACAGAGCAGCAGCAGCAGCAGUUUGUGCAUCAGAUGCUGCAGGAACUGGCUAACAGCGACAAUCAGCUACACCAUGAAGAGGAGGAGCUGAACUCUGUGGGCCUCAGACGAACAAGCCUUUAGGAGCUCAUCAGGACGUAAAUCUUCUGGCUUCCUUUUACACUCAGAAAUAUCACUGUUAGCUUCACUGAUGAAUAACAAAUUAUUGUUGUGAUACAGGGAUUUUAAAAAAGGCUUUCUAAAUCAAGCUUUUUUCCUUCCCAUAUUAAAAUCUAGUGUACAAUAAA